AUGAGAUUAUGUCACGUGUUAGUUUCAGGCCGUACCUUGACUCGCGUUUCGGGAGACUAUAUUCAAUUGUUACUCUAUACAGUAUUCAUAAUAUUCGGUCUACCGAUCAAUCUAACGACGCUGGUGUAUAUGUUGAGACGAUAUAAACACGCGAAGAGCCUCCUACUGCUCUUACACAUUAAUCUUAAUGUGUCGAACAUUUUGGUUCUCGUUUUCUUUUGUACAGGUUAUAUCAGCUGGAUGAUCACGUACGAGUGGCUUGGCGGAUCAUUUCUUUGUGUUUUGAUGCGUUUUAUGGACGAGUUCGUCUUCUCGACUAAUGUAACAAGCAAAAAUUUCAGUUCCAACGUGAUGGUGUGCAUAGCCGUGUAUCGUUUGUAUGCAUUGCGUUGCCCGGUACUCGUCAAUACUGUAGGACGACAGCGCAUUCCGCGAAUGCUGCUCAUUGCAUGGAUACUAUCAGCACUUAUCAGCUUACCGCAACUCUUCGUUUGGAAACAGGUAACUCUCAAAUCAGUGACACAGUGCCUUAGCGUGUGGACGGAGAAACUUAUCACAGGAACAUCAACUGAUGAUGACGAAUUAAUGAUGAAAUUGUAUAACGCUUUUCAUUUGCUAGCGAUCUUCUAUAUACCGCUUGUUAUACUGAUCGUUUGCUAUGUGCUCAUACUACAUGAUAUCUACGAAACGUUGAAUGCGAAUGUUGACACACCGAGCGCUAUAUAUUUAGCGGAAGGGUCACACCUCACCUCGAUGAAAACUGGUGUGAAGAGGAGCAAACGAACGAAGUCUUCGCUGGGUACAGUUACACGUCUAGAUAAGUUGUUAUCGAGUGUCAAAACGGCACCGCCCGUGCAUGUGAGAGCAUUGCGUGGUCAAGAGCGACUGCGCAGGGCAAAGGUGAAAUCGCUAAGGAUAACACUGCUACUCAUAUUGACCUAUGUCAUCACAUGGCUUCCAUACAACUUCCUCUCAUGGUGGUUGAUGAUUAGCACUGAGUCGUAUCGCUCACUAGAGGAUGUGAUUUACUUCUUGAACUGCCUUGUUGUACUCAAUAGCGUUAUCAAUCCAUUCAUCUAUGGACGCUGCACUGGUUUGAAGCGCUGGUAUAUCGAUGGUCGUUUCGGUCACCGGGCGAUGUGCGGUGUUGAUGUGAGCUCGUGUUCGAAACGUACAGUGACCGGUCGAAAAAGACCGACAGCGGAUUCUCAGGGAAAUGUUGGGCUCCCUGAAACAGUCGAGUUCAAUUGGAAACUGCUGUCGUUGCGUCAAGUGGACUGA